AUGAGUUCCAGAGCUUUAAGAAAGUUACAGAAUGAUGAGCAGCUGCUGGACUCACUCUUGAGCGCUAGUGGUUCGGAGAGAUCUACCCCGACGCCUGCCAGUCCAGCGGUAGCAAAGACUAAUAUAUUCGCAUUGAUGAAUGACGAGGACGAGGACAAUGAUAGUGACGAGGAUCGAGAGGUAGCUAGUGAUUCUGAAGCAGCUUCUAUAAAGGUAGAAUUACCCACCAAAAGCCAGAAGAAGAAUAAGAAGAAGAAGGGAAAGGGAACUAAAAAGAGUAAAAAUGUUGAAAAGGAGCAAGCAAAGGAUGAGAGCGUUAGUGAAGGUGAGGAAUUGGAUAAAAUUAUCCAGCAGUUUCGCAGACAGGAUGUACAAAAGUAUGGGAUCAAAGCAGAUGAAAGUUCUGAUGAGUAUCAAACUGCAUCCGAAGAAGAGGAAGACUUAUCGAACUAUUUUGCACAGAAAACUCUCAUGAGUGAUCUAAUGGGUGACAGUGCAAUCUCAUUAUUUCCUUACAGUAAGUUAAAACACUGUAAAAGAUUCUUCAAUGCAGAUCUCAAAAAACUGGAUCCACACUCGGAAUUCAAGUUGUUGUUUGAUGAUCUUACUUCAGAGUCUUUGGAGGACAUUGAUUCCAUGACUACCUCACAUGUUACGCCUCAGCAGUUGAAACAGAUACAGCGGAUGAAACGAUUAAUAAAAAAUUGGGGCGGUAGAGAUCAUCGUAGUGUUCCCAAUGGACCCGGAGCUACACCUCAUCGUUUAAAGUUUACUAAAGUGAGAGAAGAUUGGCUUCCAACGCCUAGAGGAGAGCUUGCGAUGCGAGCCUUAAAUCUAGAAGAUCUACGUGAAUGGCAAAUGUGGCAGAGGCCCAACGACUGGAAGGAUGUGAUCGAUGAAGACAUUAAAGAAAUGAAAAAGAAUGUUUCAUUCUACAAGUUCGAACCCUUAAACCCGGAUAUCAAUAGAAAGGCAAUCACUGAAUUCUACUUGAGCACUAUUAUGCAUCCCGAUCAUGAAGCGCUGAUUCAUCUCAUAUCAUCCAAAUACCCAUAUCAUGUUCCAGCGCUAUUGCAGGUCGCCUUAAUUUUAGUCCGACAGGGCGAUAGAUCAAAUACCAACGGACUCAUCCAAAGAGCACUCUUUGUCUUCGACAGGGCCUUGAAAGCUGGUAUACAAUUCGACUCACUUGCAUGCCAAUUACCAUACAUCUACUUUUACAACAGACAGUUCUACCUUGCAAUAUUCAGGUACAUUUUGACUUUGGCUCAAAGAGGAGCCGUGGCCACUGCAGGAGAAUGGUGUAAAACAUUAUGGUCCCUAAGUCCCUUGGACGAUCCUUUGGGUUGCAGAUAUUUUAUCGAUCACUAUCUUCUGCUCAACAACGAUUAUCAGUACUUGAUAGACCUUUCCAAAUCGCCCCUCUCCUCCUGCUACAAGCAAUGGUCUACAGUAGGCAUCACUCUCGGCGCUGUGUUAAGUUACUUACGAGUUGGGCUUCCUGAUGAAGCUCAGAAACUGGUGCGUAGCGCCUUCAGUCAUCACCGCCGGUCACUCUCGAUACUUUACACAGAAAAGCUUCUGGGCGAGACGGACCUGACUGGGGGCCUAGAGAAAGAGAGGACAAGCGCAGAAGUGAUCGAAAUGAAGGCGUACAUGGCAAGGUUUUCUUUGGUAUGGACGAAAGCAGAGGAAGUUUCCUUUUUACGUAACGAAUUGACGGCAAUAUAUGAAGAGAUUCGCAAUAAAAAAUUCGAAUUGGAAGCUGAAGAAGAGCAUGCGACUUCAAAUGAUCAAAAUUGCUUCUUCGUAGACGGCAUUCCAGUCAACCUACUUAGAUUUGCCAUACUUUCCGAAGAGUCAUCGGUCUUGGGCUCUUUACCAUCUGAUCUUUGGGAGAAAUACGACGUCUACGAGUUUGAUGUCCUACCGCCGGUCCCAACAUCGAAAGAGUCAGUCGAAAUUUUGGAAACGGUGAAAUCCUUCAUCAACGACCGGGAUUUAGCUGCAUAUCAAGGGGAGGUGAUGCAAGAUGAAGAACUGCUAAAUCAGAUUAGACAGAUGUCACUUGAACAAUUUCUGGAAGAGAAUCCCAAUGCCGGAGUGGAAUAG